AUGUCUGCAGUCGACCUGGUUUACUGUACUGGUCUCCCCGAAGCCCACGUUAAAUCGUACAUCAUACACUUCGAAGGGAAUGGCUUUCCUCACUGCCUAGCAGUGAAACUGGACAGUCAGGGCACACAUGUCACCGUGUUGGAGGGUGCAACGGUGUAUAAGAUGUCCAUGGCAGCGCUGCGGGAUUUCUAUCAUGCCGCAGUGGACGGGUCGACUAUUGUGUCCUACUGGAAGAGGGAUCCCAAUGACAAAUUGUGCGAUAAGUUCACCCUGCUACUCGACAUGGUCGCAGGCGCAGACUGUGACGAUUCUGACGAAGAAGCAGAUGUACUGAGAGGUGAUGGAGAUGGCCACAUGAAAUUAUCACAGGAUGAGGACGAGCCUGUCAUAUGUGAUAAUAUUCUUGAAUCGCUUUGCCAAGAAGUUGCCGACAUUCGGAACACUUUGCAGGAAAAGUCUGUUCGGCAAGGGGGUCGACGGCAAUGUCCUAUGUGCCCAUUUCGAUCUUUCUCCCAGAUGCGUUUGCUACGAACACACAUUGACAAGCAUCACAGCAAGAAAAAUCAGUAUGUAUGCUCUGGCACAAAGCAAAUUAAAGUAAUUAUAAAUCUGCACGACCAUGCGGCCUCGUCGCAAGACGUCGCAAAGUCUCUGUUACAAUCAAGUGCAGCAUUGAUGCGGGCCACCGUGCAGCCGGACCUGAGUUUCAAGAAGAAUAACAUCGACAAGCAAAUCAGACUGGUUCUCGAUGCAGAUGGCCCCUACUAUAUCAACCUGGCAAGUAUCGGGUCCAUCGUGCACGAUGUGGCGGCCUCUUCCGCUUUUCGAGGCAAAAUGGAGAGGAUGAUGGGUUCAUGGCUCAGAAGAGACGAGUGGCACUACGUGAGCAUGGACGCCACACUUAAGCUCUGCGUGAAGGUGAUGGGACAAGCGCCAUAUCGAGCUUCGAAAAAAAUCAGGGAAGAAGCUCCCUUUGGGGACGAAGUCGCAUGGCGGCGGCUGCUGACAGUCAGAGGUAGGACAGGGGCUGUCCUCCUGAUGCAGCCGAUUCAGAAUGAAUCGUCUGAGCAGAUCGCAGAAACCCUUAGAGACAACUUCUCAGAGGAGCAGCUGAUGUCCAUACGACAUGUCGGCACGGACAGUCCAUCCGAGAAAUUGCUCUCAGCACUGGCUGAAGUAUGUCCUAGGCUUCAGUCGCUGACGCUGGACCCAAUUCAUUUGGCUAUUGUGUACGAAUAUGGGUUCUGGAACAAGAAAAGCCCUGGGUCUAAACAACUUCGCCGCAUUCUUAGAAAGUGCACUGCCGUGGAUUCCUCUCUGCCAGUCGAACACUGGCAUGAUGUUUAUGAUCGUAGCAUGGCUAGACCACUGACUGAGGAAGAGAACAUUUGCAGAACCUCAAUACUGGAGUUCUCGAUGUCUCAGAGUGAGACUUCAGGGAUCUUAGACAAUAUGGACGAGGAUGUUCCAUUUAGAGAUCGUCUGGAAUUUAUCAAGGCCAUUGCAGCUCUGUGCUGCAAAUACAAGUCCGAGGUUGUACGCAAAGCGGCAGGACCGAACAAGGAGAUCUACCGCAUCCUUUGGUCUGCCUGUGCGCCAGACCGCAUGGAGUGGCUCAUGAACAACAUCAGGAUAAGACAUGCCAUGCCAUCAUCCUACUUGUGGUUUCUGCCAAGCGGGACAGCUAGUAAUGAGGCAUUGCAUGCUGAAAUUAAUUCGUGGACCCGGAGCAUAAAUGUCAUGCACAGAUCGACAUUGGCUCUAAAGCUGCAAUAUUUCAUGUAUAUCAAGGCUUUGCAACACCACCUGGCCACUGAAUUUCCUUUGUCCAGAAUUGUAAGUGCCAGCAUGCUGUUGGGUAGAGCCCUUCACGAGUCUCUGUGGAGUUCCGAGGAAUGGAAUGCCUGGUGUGCCGAACAGCACACGUCAGGCAUCCAAGCCAAAGCAAAUCUUCCUCUGGCAAAGGCACGUCAUCAUGAAGCCAGACUGGUCAAGAAGUGGGUCCGCCGAAAACCAGCCACUGCAUCUGCGAAAAGCAAAGGUCGCAGUCGGCAUCGGACACCACUGUCCGUUCCACGUGUUCAUACAAUGCGUACCGCUGGCGUGAAGCGUUCAGCGACGGACUAA